AUGGGUGUAUGGCAGACGUUGCCAGGCCAGAAUGUAUCGAGAGUGCUCGCGCGGACGCCAGGCGUCGACUGGGUACUCGUAGACUGCGAGCACGGAAACAUCGACGACGCCGCGAUGCACGAGGCUGUUCCGGCUAUCGCAAGUUGUGGUGUCAGUCCGAUAGUCCGAAUACCCGAUAUGCAGGGCUGGAUGAUCAAGAGGGCGCUUGACGCGGGGGCACACGGGAUCUUGAUACCGCUUCUUCGCUCCGCCGAAGAGGCCAAGAAGAUUGUUGCGGCCGCCAAAUUCCCUCCGCUGGGACAACGCGGCCUAGGUUCGCCAUUCGCGAUGGAGCGUUUCCAUCCGAUUCCCACAAUGACGGAAUAUCUACAGCACGCGAAUCAGUCGCUACUGACCAUAGUGCAAAUUGAAACGCAAGAAGCGUUAGACGCUGUAGAGGAGAUCGCGGCGGUUCCGGGUAUUGACGUGCUAUUCGUCGGCCCCUUUGAUUUAGGCAACAAUAUAGGGCAUCCGAUUCUCGAUGGCGUAAUGAAGCCUGAGCUCGAACAGGCCAUUGAUCGCGUCCUUGCAGCUACAACCAAGGCUGGCAAGAAGGCAGGAUUCUUUGCUAGUAAUGGAGAACAAGCGAAGAAGACUGAGCGGGCGUUAGAGCACAAGCCGCAGUUCUCACGCGUGAACAGAGUAAUUCUGCAGGACUGGAAGAGCCGAAUAGUCGGUCGCAUGGUGGCAGCGGCAGAUAUGGCAUUGAAGUGCGUUCACCAAGGCUGCGGCAAGGAGUACAGCGAUUCCGAUGAAGUGUGCAGGUACCAUCCAGGCCCGCCGGUUUUCCACGAGGGGCAGAAAGGUUGGAAGUGUUGCAAGCCUCGAUUCCUCACCUUCGACGAAUUCCUCCAAAUCCCCCCCUGCACCGAAGGAAAGCACAGCACCACCGACCACCCACCGAAAAUUGAGAAAAAGGAACUAGUUGCCGAUGUAGCCCCCACUGCGCAGUCCCUCUCUGAUAAGUUGGCUGAGGCCGUCUCGUCAACACCUAGCCGCGCACCCCUCGCACCCCAGCCUGCAGCUACAGCACCGCCACCGCCUGCUGAGUCCGAGGAUGACGAGCCUAAUCUCGAGAUACCCGACGCCAAGCCAUGCAGGCGGAAAGGUUGCAACGCGACUUACAAGAAAGGCCAGCAGAGGUCUGAUGACGAGAGUUGCGUUCACCACCCAGGCGCACCCAUAUUCCACGAGGGCAGCAAGGGUUACAGCUGCUGCAAACGCCGGGUGCUAGAGUUUGAUCAGUUUAUGAAGAUCGAGGGCUGUAAGACAUCGCCGCGUCAUUUAUUCAUUGGGUCGGGCCAAGACAAUAGUAAGAAAAAAAGCCAGGGCACCAGCAUUGGCAGUCAUGGUGAGGAAUUGCUGGAGACGGUGCGACACGAUUUCUACCAGACCCCCACGACAGUCAUAGCAUCCUUCUUCCUAAAGAAGAUAGACAGCGCUAGAGCGACAGUUGAGUUCAAUCCAAACUCCCUAGAUCUAGAUCUUCCAACAGAUGAGCCAGCACCAAAGCGCUAUAAGGCCUCCGUCCCACUCUUUGGUGAGAUUGAUGUACAGAAAUCCACCUUCAAGAUCCUUGGUACGAAACUCGAGGUUAGCCUGUACAAGGCGGAUGGUGCAAGCUGGCCAGUCCUUCGGAGCGACGACCAGCGCACUGGAGAGAUAUUACAAAUCGGCCGAGCUGGGCGGGUAUGA